CAUAGCACGCAACGGCGUGGGGGAGGGAAGGCCGUGUGUGUCUGUGUUGUUGUUCCGCGGCGGCGGCGGCGGCGGUAAGAUGGCUGCCCACGGGGGCUCCGCGGCGUCGUCGGCGCUGAAGGGGUUAAUCCAGCAGUUCACGGCCAUCACCGGUGCAAGUGAGAGUGUAGGAAAACAUAUGCUUGAAGCUUGUAACAACAACCUGGAGAUGGCAGUCACCAUGUUUUUGGAUGGUGGAGGAAUUGCUGAAGAGCCCAGUACCAGUUCAGCAAGUGUCUCUACUGUCAGACCACACACAGAAGAAGAAGUUCGUGCUCCAAUUCCUCAAAAGCAAGAAAUAUUGGUGGAGCCAGAACCUUUGUUUGGUGCUCCAAAAAGACGAAGGCCUGCACGUUCAAUUUUUGAUGGUUUCCGAGAUUUUCAAACUGAAACUAUUAGGCAGGAACAGGAAUUAAGAAAUGGAGGAGCUAUAGAUAAGAAACUGACAACCCUUGCAGAUCUGUUCCGGCCCCCAAUUGACUUGAUGCACAAAGGCAGCUUUGAAACAGCCAAAGAAUGUGGUCAGAUGCAGAAUAAGUGGCUGAUGAUAAACAUUCAAAACGUACAAGACUUUGCAUGCCAGUGCCUCAACCGCGACGUGUGGAGCAAUGAGGCUGUGAAGAAUAUUAUCCGGGAACAUUUCAUUUUCUGGCAGGUUUAUCACGACAGCGAGGAAGGUCAGAGAUAUAUACAGUUUUAUAAACUAGGGGAUUUCCCCUAUGUUUCCAUUUUAGACCCAAGAACAGGUCAGAAGCUAGUAGAAUGGCACCAAUUAGAUGUAUCUUCUUUCUUGGACCAAGUAACAGGGUUUCUGGGUGAACAUGGGCAAUUGGAUGGACUUUCUAGCAGCCCCCCCAAAAAGUGUGCCCGAUCAGAGAGCCUCAUAGAUGCCAGUGAAGACAGCCAACUGGAAGCUGCCAUCAGAGCCUCCUUGCAAGAGACACAUUUCGACUCAGCACAGGCAAAACAGGAUGGCCGCUCAGAUGAAGAAUCUGAAUCGGAACUUUUUUCUGGCAGUGAAGAAUUCAUAUCGGUUUGUGGCUCUGAUGAAGAAGAGGAGGUAGAGAAUCUUGCUAAGUCCAGAAAGUCUCCUCAUAAAGAUUUGGGGCAUAGAAAAGAGGAGAACAGAAGGCCACUGACUGACCCCCCAGCCAGAACUGAGCCGGGCACAGCCACAAACCAUCAAGGAUUGCCAGCCAUGGAUUCUGAGGUCUUGGAGAUGUCACCUGAAAAGUCAGAUGGAAUAGUGGAGGGGAUAGAUGUAAAUGGACCAAAAGCACAGCUGAUGCUGCGGUACCCAGAUGGAAAAAGGGAGCAGAUCACUCUUCCAGAGCAGGCUAAAUUGCUGGCUUUGGUGAAGCAUGUCCAGUCUAAAGGAUAUCCAAAUGAACGUUUUGAACUUCUUACCAACUUCCCUCGGAGGAAGCUUUCUCAUCUGGACUAUGACAUUACCCUACAAGAGGCAGGCCUCUGUCCUCAAGAGACUGUCUUUGUACAGGAGAGAAAUUAACACCAUGGCCUGACCUCUCUCAGCUUACCCCCUUUUCUCUUUUCCUGUGAGAUACCGUGUCACUAAGUGUGCAUUUUGGCUCAUAGGACUAUAGAGCCAAAGCUGGGCAAGCAAGUCACCUGCCUUUUCUUAUUUCUUUCUGUCACCUAUAAGCCAAUCUCAUUUUUUUUUCUCCCUUCAUUCUCUGUCAUUUUCUUUCUUUCUUUUUUUCCUCACUUUGUUUCUUUCUUAUCAAGUGUGGUGACCAAAUGGAAGUAUAAGC